UGAUGUUGGUGUGAUGUUUUGUGUAGUGACAUGUGAGUGAAAUGUGAAAUGUCUAGUAAACGUAAAGACACAGAGCCGUGCUGUCGAAGGCUUUCGAUCUUCGCAUGCACUUGUGCUGUUCUCUCGCUUUUCGUACAUACUUAUAAUGUAGGGAAAUCGGAUUUUGAUAAGGAUAGUCUUGUUAGUGUUCUAGAGGAUGGGCUGGAAAAGAAGAUUGAAGCGUAUUUGGAGGGUUUACAUCGCACGAAGAGGGAUGCCAUGCUGGUAAGAAAACCAUCGCAAAGCCAAGAAGACAACACAGUGGCGCCCCACGUAGAGUUCUUCAACCCCAAGAUGCGAGGAGAGUUGGAAGAGAAAGAUGCGGAGCAGAUGAGGAAAACGGGAGCCAAGGGUCCAGCACCAGGAGGGGACACUUGGGUGUGGCUCACCAGCUACUCCAGGGUGCCAUACAAAGUCGUCCAAGGUUUCUGCAAAGCUACACAAGACUACUGCCCUCCUGGAGUCCAAGGCCCCAAAGGCCCCAUGGGUCUGCCGGGGCCUAAAGGGGAGAGGGGCGAUCCGGGGGCCCCGGGGACAGCGGGGCACGCGGGAAGCAGAGGUCCGGUGGGACCACCGGGGCCUAAAGGAGAAAGGGGAAUGCCAGGCAGUCCUGGUUUAGAUGGUCGGGACGGAGUGCCGGGUGAACCGGGGCUCGAUGGUAUGUCGGGGAGAAACGGCGCCGAUGGAGCGCCGGGGAGGGAUGGCAGGGACGGCAUACCGGGCAAGGAUGGGAGUCCAGGGAAGAACGGGAAAGACGGAAAAGAUGGUAAACCUGGCGUCAUCGGUCCCCAAGGCCUCCGCGGAUUCAAGGGCGACCGCGGGCCCGUGGGGCCCAAAGGCCAGCGCGGGGACAACGGCCGCGACGGCGCCCCGGGGAGGCCUGGCAUCUCCAUGUACAAGCAGGGGGACCAGAACCCGGAGAAGGAGUUGCUGAUACCGCCUACUUUUGCCCAGGACCACACAAGAGUAAUCGUUCGGGAAGGUGAAACUCUCCGCAUCAGCUGUAACCCCUCAGGCAAGCCGGAGCCUGGCGUCGAGUGGCGUAAAGCCGAUGGAUCUGCUAUUAUACAGGGUUCUUGGCGCGACGCGUCUGUGAGCGGCCCGCAGUUGAGCAUACCGCACGUGUCCCGCUGGCACACGGGCCGCUACGUAUGUCUCGCCAACAACGGUUUACUACCAUCCGCUAACCAGACCACCGACGUGGAAGUUUACUUUAGCCCUUUCAUCCGAGUUCAUAACAACAUUGCCUACGUGUUCAAUAAAACGGCGAAGAUUCAGUGUGAAGUCCAAGCCUGGCCUGAACCCGUCCUGGCCUGGGAGACAGACACAGGCACCAUCGAAGGCGCCCGCUACCGCACCGAAGUGGUCCCCACACGAGAACCCUGGAGAUGGAUCAUGAAACUCGAAAUACAUGGAGUCAAGGAGUACGAUCUGAAGCAGUACAGCUGCGUAGCCAAGAAUGAAGUGAAGAAUCAGACUGCAGAUGGGAUUAGAGGCAAUAUACAGCUGUUGUACCCGAACCGCAACAUGACGAUGCCGCCACAGGAGCACCCGGUGGAGUUCGGAGACCCCCCGCCCCCGCCCACGUCCCUCGACGACAUCUGCCCCGUCAACCAGGGGCACGACUGUCCCACCUGUCCGAGAUGUGAUCGCAGCAAGAUCUUCAUCUCGCCUCUCAUUUCUAAUAUGACGAAUAGGCCUAGGAGGAAUACGAAUUGUCAACUUUAUGCCAUUGGAAAACCGGUCUACCACCGAUUUAAAGAUGAAAUGUUUGGAGCCUGGCUACGGGACUCAAAUUCUUCAGAAGCUCAGAAGGAAAAGCUUUGGACGACGCAAGAGAACGACGUUGAACGUUUGAGAGAAUACUGGAGUAAGGCGAGAUUCAAGAACGAUCAAGUUGACCAGCCACACAAACUUCAGAGACCUUUCUUCGGCAACGGUCACAUCGUGUAUAGCGGUUCCUUCUUCUACCAAGCCAACGACUCUGGCAAGCCAGGCGACAUCAUGCGCUACGAUCUGACGCAGAGCCGCAUCAAGUUCGUGCAGCUGCCGCAUCGUGGUGGCCGUCUGUAUACCUCGCAGCAUAACCAGGUUGAUUUCAGUGCAGAUGAUAAUGGACUCUGGGCAAUUUACUCUUUAGAAGGUUCUAACAAUACUGCUGUUGCUAAGUUAAGUUUUGAUCCCAGCAAGGACGACUUGAACAUAGAUUAUAUCUGGAACAUCUCUUUAAAUCAUAAACAAGUAGGCGAAAUGUUCAUAGUGUGCGGUGUGCUGUAUGCCCUCGACUCUGCCACGGAACGGGAGAGCAAAGUCAGCGUGGCCAUAGACCUCUACCAAAACAAGCAGUUGGAAGUGUCUCUGCCGUUCACCAACCCCUUCCGGAAGACCACGCAACUGGGAUAUGACCAUACACAUAAGGAGCUGUAUUCUUGGGACCGCGGCAACCAGCUCACAUACCCGGUCAGAGAAAGAGACGUAGGGCAAUGAAAAUUUAGUCAAAUAUAAACUUUUUAUUUCUGCAUUAUGGUUUUAUACUUUGA